CCACUUGCUUGUUUAGGUUGGGGUGAUUGAGUUCGGUCCUUGCUGAAGAAAGAAAGCGAGGAUGGUGUGGGGCGGUGGUUUACCUUUGACUUGAACGGCCUCCAUGGUUAGAACGGGCGAUAGGGAUGAGAGUUUGGGCGAGGGAGGGGGUUGUAAGGGUGGGAAGAGAAAGAAGGAAGGAAGGAAGGAAGGAAGGAAGGAAAGAAGAGAAGGAAAGGAAGAAGAGAGAGGCGGGCGGGAAGAAAAGAGGGCCGCUGACGGGAGCAGGGGAGCAGGUGCCGCAUCGCAUAUCCUCUCUUCUCAGCCCAUCCAAAGGGCAAUGCGGCCACCAGGGCCACCGUCGAGUAUUCACUUCCUCGGCUGACAUGUGCACCUUGCCCUCCGUCCUUUUGUGGGUCCGCCUCCUUUCCUUUAUUCCCGCGGACAACCGUUCCCUCCUCCUCUCGUCGUCUACGCACUCCACAUACAGUCGCGUAUAUCACACACGUACACGGGUGCCUCCACGGCCCCACCCCUCCAUCCUCGGCCAAGGGACGACCCCAGCUGCAUCUCUCCUUCUUUCGUCCUCCACUCUACGAUCCAUACGUGUCUGUGUCUCCAGCUUCUGUGUACGUGUGUGCCCGUGUGUGGAAAGAUAAGAGGGGCUGUUCUGCUCCUUUCUGGCUCGUGUGUCCUCCUUGCGUUGGAGUUGGACUUGCGGAGUUGGACUAUUUUGAACUGAAAAUAAUAUACUAUU